CCCUCCUCCCUGCCCCAUGGACGCGCCCCUGGGCACGUGCCCGGACAUGUGCCCGGCGUCGGAGCGCGCCCGGCGGGAGCGGCAGGGCCGGCUGCACCCCUUGGAGGUCCUGCAGGAGGAGCGGCGGGAGCAAGAGCGGGAGCAAGAGCGGGAGCGGGACGGCCCGGACCCCCUCCCCGUCCCCGUCCCCGUCCCCCGGGCGCGGCCCCGCACGUCCCGGCUGCUGGCGGUGAAGGAGUACUGCCGUCCCGGCGCGGGCAGCGGCCGGCCCCCGCCCUGCCAGCUGCGGCCCCCGGCCGUGCUGCUCCGCACCGUGCGCCACCUGCUCCACCUGCUCGACCGGCCGGACCCCGGGCCCCGGGCCCCGGCGGCCGCCUUCGUCGGCGACCGGCUGCGGGCGGUGCGGCUGGACCUGGCCCUGCAGGGCGGGGCGGCGGCGGCGGGGCCGGCGGCGGCGGCGGCGGUGCUGGAGGCCUCGCUGUCCGCCCUGCUGUGCGCGGCCGCCCGGCUCCGCCCCGACCACCCCCGCCUGCUCCGGGACCAGCUGCACGAGAGCUUCGGCUCCCUGCGCCGCUGCUACGGGGACGGGCACGGGCACGGGGACGGGGACGGGGACGGGCCCGACCCCCACCCCCGGCAGCCCUCCUUCCAGGCCCUCUUCCUCCUCUACAACCUGGGUUCGCCGGAGGCCCGCCAGCAGGUCCUGCAGCUCCCGCAAUCCACGCGACGCCACCCCGCCGUCCGGCGGGCCCUGGCCGUCGACGCCGCCUUCUGCGAGGGCAACUCGGCCCGCCUGUUCCGCCUGCUCGGGGCCCUGCCCUUCCUGCCCAGCUGCGCCGUCCAGCGCCACGUGGGCCCCGCCCGGCGCCGGGCCCUGGCCCGCCUGGCCCGCGCCCUGGGCACCCCCCGCGGCCAGGCCUACCCCCUCGCCCGCCUCGCCCGCCUCCUGGCCCUGGACGGGCCGGAGGAGGGGCGGGAGCUCUGCCGGCUCCACGGCCUCCCCGUGGUGGACGGCCGGGACGGCGGGGAGGCCGUGGCCGUCUUCUCGCGGGGCGGCUUCACCGCCGACGGGCCCCCGCCCCCGGCUCCCUGCGCGCUCCUGGUGGGGAGCAAGCUGAGGGGGCGGACCCUGAGCCAGGUGGUCAUGGCCGAAGAACCCGACGAAGAGGAGGGAGAGGCCGAAGCGGCCCCCGCUCCCACGUGACCGCCCGGCGGGGAGAGAGAGAGAGAGAGAGAGAGAGAGAGGGACCUCGAGCUUUUCAGCUCUGUGCUGGCCCGCCUCCCCUCCCGGACUUCUGCCGUUUCUCCUCCUCCACCCGACUCCGCUUUGUGUCAUCAAUAAAGUCGUCGCGCUUUCGUACGGCCGGA